AUGUCUUCGUUUGCUGACGAGGUUGAGUAUAAGCUGCAAGCCGUCAAGGCUACGCAACUGGGCCCUGAUGAGAUCGACACGACGUUUCGCCCAGCAUGUAUAGGAACAUCUACUGACACCAGCUUCGAUGAGCUAGACCUUGUCUCAGCGGGAUUGGGCGGCAAGGUCCUUGGAUAUUCAGAUCAGUGGUUUGCUGAGGCAGCCAAUCUCCUAACUCCUACGGCUCCCAUCCGCCAGCCGGGCAAGAUGGUCUAUACUGGAGCGUGGUAUGACGGCUGGGAGACAAGACGCCAUAAUCCCGAGGAAUUCGACUGGGUUGUGAUUCGCCUCGGCGUCGCCUCAGGCACUGUUAACGGAGUUGAAGUAGACACGGCCUUUUUCAACGGUAACAAUGCUCCCGCCAUCUCUGUCGAAGGAUGCUUCAGCGACAACGACGAUGAGGUUGUUUCAUGGAAAGGGGGCCGAGGUAAAUGGGAAACAAUUCUUGAUAUUCGAGAAUGUGGACCAAGCCAAAGGCACGGCUGGAACCUCAACGAGCCCACAGGCAAGCAGUACACUCACGUGAGGCUCAACAUGUAUCCCGACGGCGGCAUUGCAAGAUUCCGCCUGUUCGGGCAUGCUGUUCCCGUAUUCCCUGAAGAUAAGGAUGCCGUACUUGAUCUUGCAGCGGCACAAAACGGCGGCAUCGCCAUCUCAUGCAGUGACCAACACUUUGGCUCCAAAGACAACCUGCUGCUACCGGGCCGUGGGAAGGAUAUGGGUGAUGGCUGGGAGACGAAGCGUUCACGAGGCAAGGAUCACGUUGACUGGACGAUCGUCAAACUGGGAGCCACUGGAUAUAUCCAGGAAUUUGUCGUCGACACUGCACACUUUCGAGGAAACUUUCCUCAAAAGAUUACUGUCCACGGUCUGUCGUGGCAAGGAGAGGGAGAACCCGAUUUCAAGUCAAAGGGAUGGGUUGAAACUGUGUUGCCGAGCAAGACUGGGCCUGAUCAGGAACACAAGUUUGCUUCUGCGGUGGUAGAUGUGCCCUUUACACAUGUUAGACUUACGAUGAUACCUGACGGAGGAGUAAAGCGAUUUCGAGCAUUUGGCAAGCGAGCGGUAUAG